AUGAACGUGCGGCGUGGAAGUUGCAUUGUGAACCGUUUGUCCAGUGCAAGGCGAAUGAGUGUCAGUGGGUCAGCCGCCACAGCAGGAGUACCUUCGCCAAGGGCCUGCGAUGCCUUUCCGUAUGCCUCGCGCGAUGAGGAACGCAUUGUCAAGACGACGUUGCAUGACAUUGCGUCGCAAGCAGACAUGAAGCUUUCCUUGAAGGUCUAUCAUUUCCAAGAGCUUUCUCGGACAUCUUUGAUGGAUGAUAUGCUGCAAAGGGACUCCCGGUAUGCUCGCCUGAAGCAAGACUUGCGUGAAGAUGUGUCUCAUCUUUCGCCCGCACAGCUUGUAGCAGCAAUGGUCUCCUGUGGACGCCUGCAAGUUCGAGAGAAGGCCCUCUGGUGGGACUUGGCGCGUGCGGUGGAACGGCACACUGUGAAAACACGCAGUGGUGCUCCAGGCCUUCAGCAUUCGCAGAUUUGUCUCACCAUGUAUUCCUUGGGCAAAGCCGGCAUACGGAUCAAGGAUCGUUUCUACUACCGUCUUUUCAAGCUCAUGGUGAAGAAUGCUGAAGUUUGGACAGAAUUCGACAUGGCUUGGAUUCUGUAUGCCAUGCGGAAGCGCAGGUUGAAAGCUUUCAACCAGGAUCUGCCAGAACAUCAAAUGUGGGCCAAAGUUACGAUCAACAUCGCCGCUUACUUCAGGCAAAAGCUUCAUUUCAUAUCCCCACAGGGCAUUGUUUUCAUUCUCUACGAGUUCGCCAAGCUUGGGCUAUACCCAGGCCGGUGCAUCUUUCAAGCAGGCCGCCGGGUCCGAAAGCAUGUAGGCUUGCUGAACAACAAAGCGCUGGUCUGUUUGGCGGUGACACUUGCUAGAUUCGACUGGCCGGAACGGCGCUUGUUGAAAAGGUUGAGCUCUGAGGUGGCCAUGCCUCGGCGCAUGGUGCAGCUGCAUCCCAACAUGCUGGCAGUGAUCCUGCACUCUUACGCCAGGCUGGGCAUUCGGGACGUAACGAUGUUGGAAAAUGUCACCGAGAAGCUUGCCCGUUCCAUCGACAAACUGGGCCGGAAGUAUACAACCAUGGUGGCCCUCUCUUUGGGUCGACUCGGGGUGCGUGGCAACCUCUGGAAGCCGCUCGCUGAGCGCAUCUCUGGACAAAUCGACUAUUACUCACCAGCUGACUUGGCAUUGAUUGCCCAUGGCUUUGGCAAGGUUGCUGUGCGUGAUCCAAACUUGUUGGAGGGUGCGCUUGCGGAUGCCGCUGUGGGAAGCGUUGCGGGAUUUACGCCCAAGCUUGUGGCCUGCCUGCUGGAUGGCCUGACCCUGGCAGGAUGCCUGCAAGAAGAUGUCUUCCGAUGCUUCAUGGAGGAAUACAUCCGUUUGGGUUCAAUCGGUGGACGGCAGCGGCAAUCCAUGAUGGCAAGAGUGCUUUUUGCUGUUGUCUUGGAACGAAAGCACUGGCUGGAAAGUCAGAAUGCAGCGUGGCAGCCCCUGCUGAAUCGUCUCCAGUUUGCCCCCGUAGAUGCACCGCCGCGGCCGUACCACCGCGAGCUGCUUUGCUGUGCCGCGGCGCUGUCACUGACGGAAGCCAGAGCACGGCGCAGGAAAGGUCCUUAUAUGGUGGAUUUGCAUGUGCCAGUUGAGGCUCACAUCCCCGCGACUCCAGGGGCAAAGAGGGUGAUCUCAGCUUUGGCAGUACAUCUCAUGGCUGAAGCCGAGUUCUGCCCCUUGACCGGGGAGCUAUUGGGCCCCACGCGGCUGAAACGGCGCCAGCUGGACCGUAUGGAGCUGCAGCACAUCGGACUUCGGCGCAAAGAAUGGUUGGCCUUGCCUGACACUGAGGCGCGAGUCACGGCCCUUGAGACAUUAUUGUCGAACUACGUUCCGCUUCGGCGCCGGCCUGUUGAAGUGUGGAUGUCUCUACAGGCAAUCUGUGCGUCUGCCUGGUAA